AUGCGCAUGGGACUUUCACUGAUUUGCAUGCAUCUACUCACGGUACCAUAUCAGCACGACGGGGACGGAUGCUCGCCAGACGAUGACUCUGCUCGGCUCACCGACGCUGUGGACGCUAUCGUCGGGGCGCGCGUCGGGGGACGCUGCGGCUCUACAGCGCUUCUGAUCGACGCUGCGAAACGUGGAAUAAAGCGGAUUCCCAGCGGAAUCCAGCGGAUUCCCAGCGGAAUCCAGCGGAUUCCCACGGAAUCCAGCGGAAUCCAGCGGAUUCCCAGCGGAAUCCAGCGGAAUCCAGCGGAUUCCCAGCGGAAUCCAGCGGAUUCCCAGCGGAAUCCAGCGGAUUCCCAGCGAAAUCCAGCGGAUUCCCAGCGGAAUCCAGCGGAUUCCCAGCGGAAUCCAGCGGAUUCCCAGUGGAAUCCAGCGGAUUCCCAGCGGAAUCCAGCGGAUUCCCAGCGGAAUCCAGCGGAUUCCCAGCGGAAUCCAGCGGAUUCCCAGCGGAAUCCAGCGGAUUCCCAGCGGAAUCCAGCGGAUUCCCAGCGGAAUCCAGCGGAUUCCCAGCGGAAUCCAGCGGAUUCCCAGCGGAAUCCAGCGGAUUCCCAGCGGAAUCCAGCGUAUUCUCAGCGGAAACAAGCGGAUUUCCAGUGGAAUCCAGCGGAUUUCCAGUGGAAUCCAGCGGAUUUCCAGUGGAAUCCAGCGGAUUCCCAGUGGAAUCCAGCGGAUUCCCAGCGGAAUCCAGCGGAUUCCCAGCGGAAUCCAGCGGAUUCCCAGCGGAAUCCAGCGGAUUCCCAGCGGUAUCCAGCGGAUUCCCAGCGGAAUCCAGCGGAUUCCCAGCGGAAUCCACGGAUUCCCAGCGGAAUCCCAGCGGAUUCCCAGCGGAAUCCCAGCGGAUUCCCAGCGGAAUCCAGCGGAUUCCCAGCGGAAUCCAGCGGAUUCCCAGCGGAAUCCAGCGGAUUCCCAGCGGAAUCCAGCGGAUUCUCAGCGGAAUCCAGCGGAUUCUCAGCGGAAUCCAGCGGAUUCCCAGCGGAAUCCAGCGGAUUCCCAGCGGAAUCCAGCGGAUUCCCAGCGGAAUCCAGCGGAUUCCCAGCGGAAUCCAGCGGAUUCCCAGCGGAAUCCAGCGGAUUCCCAGCGGAAUCCAGCGGAUUCCCAGCGGAAUCCAGCGGAUUCCCAGCGGAAUCCAGCGGAUUCCCAGCGGAAUCCAGCGGAUUCCCAGCGGAAUCCAGCGGAUUCCCAGCGGAAUCCAGCGGAUUCCCAGCGGAAUCCAGCGGAUUCCCACGGAAUCCAGCGGAUUCCCAGCGGAAUCCAGCGGAUUCCCAGCGGAAUCCAGCGGAUUCCCAGCGGAAUCCAGCGGAUUCCCAGCGGAAUCCAGCGGAUUCCCAGCGGAAUCCAGCGGAUUCCCAGCGGAAUCCAGCGGAUUCCCAGCGGAAUCCAGCGGAUUCCCAGCGGAAUCCAGCGGAUUCCCAGCGGAAUCCAGCGGAUUCCCAGCGGAAUCCAGCGGAUUCCCAGCGGAAUCCAGCGGAUUCCCAGCGGAAUCCAGCGGAUUCCCAGCGGAAUCCAGCGGAUUCCCAGCGGAAUCCAGCGGAUUCCCAGCGGAAUCCCAGCGGAUUCCCAGCGGAAUCCCACGGAAUCCCAGCGGAAUCCAGCGGAUUCUUAGCGGAAUCCAGCGGAUUCCCAGCGGAAUCCCAGCGGAUUCCCAGCGGAAUCCCACGGAUUCCCAGCGGAAUCCCAGCGGAUUCCCAGCGGAUUCCCAGCGGAAUCCCACGGAUUCCCAGCGGAAUCCCAGCGGAUUCCCAGUGG